UUUUUUGCGUUUUAAUCAUUUAAUUUUGAUUUUUGAAAAUAAUUUUAUUGGAGAAAAAGUGAUGAGUUUUGUUCCUGGUUUGAAUAUUUCAGAUUCUAAGAAGGUCCCUGAUCCUGGUACGAUUGUUGACACAGUAGCUGAGAUUGCUGAAGAAGCAGAAAAAUCCAGUAUAAGUUCAAGAUUUGGCUUUCAAUUUGAUGAUGAUCCUGAGACCUUUAUUGAGGUUGUGUUGAGGUUUCUUUGGAGUUUGGUAAUCGAUUACGGGUUCUACGUCGUUUGUGGAUUGUCUUUAUAUUCACUUAUUGUUAUGUUAAUUAAGAAACGUUACAUGGCUGGAAUUGUCAAUCGAUGGAAAUUAUAUCUUAAUUAUCGUGGAACGUUAAAAAGGAUGAGUUUUCUAUUAGAAAGGAACUACAAAAUUGAACUCUGGAGUGAUCAAGAAUUUUGUAAAAGUUAUUUACAGUUGUAUGAAUCAUUCCGUUUCUUUCGUUCAAUGGCAAACAGAGACCACAAAGGAGAUUCUAUUAUCGAUGAUAUUAAGCAACAGGCGGAGGCUUAUCCACUUUACCCAUUUUUUAAUGUUGAUUAUAAUUUGCGUGAUCGACUUUUGUAUGCACUUGAAGGGGUUGAUUGGGUUGGCAAAGACGAGGACGAGGAGGAAUUGACCGCUAAAAGUUUAAGUGAACUUACUGCUAAAAGUACUGGUGCUGAUAGGGAAACUAGUUCUGAAGAAUUUGUGGAUGGAUUAAAGAAACGUCAAAGAAGCAACGCUGAAACCGUUACUGCGAGGGAUACAAAAAGCGACAGAUCGGUAGAAAGCAAUUUUGAGAAGGGAAGUAAAUUUGAUUGA